GAGCGCCACCUGUUUAUAGUAAGGAAUGCCCUAGACAGACGAGUACCGUUGCAUCUGUGAUUCUCAAAAUCAAACUGAUCUCUCAGAAAGUCACUAACGUGAUCGGAGAACUAUGGCGAUGCGAAUGGCCAUUUCGCGCUAUGGAGCCUUCCGUUCGAUGGAAAGCUAUUGGCGAUCAUCCGGUUCAAGUGUUCGAUGCCUAAGCGAUGGCAAGGGCCGUGUGCUCAGCGAAGAGGAGCGUGCCCAGGAAGCUGUGUAUAUUAAGAAAAUGGAGAAGGAAAAAAUGGAGAAGUUGAAGAAGGCGGGAGAGCUGGAGAAGCCUGAGAAGGAGAAAACAGAUAAGGUUGGAGAGGAUCAAAAAAGAUGAACUGGUUGUCUGUUUUGGUCGGCUGAAGUCGUUGGUUUCUCACAUCUGAAGAAAUAAAUGUAAGCAGAUUUCGGUGUACCUUUGGUUCUUGUAUGGAAACCAUAUUGUGUUUCUGUGUUUUUGCACACUGCUUGCUUGCCUGCUUUGCCUUGUUUUAUUUCUUCUAUAGUUUUACGCGCGAUUUUGUUGUCGAAAUCUGCAUCAAUUCAAUUUUAUUUUAGUUGA